AUGCGCUUAAACGAAAACAUAGCUAUCCUCUCCGAGGGCCUUGUCCUUGUCCCGUAUGAACGCAGCCAUGUUCCCAAAUACCACGAAUGGAUGCAAGAUGAAGAGCUCCAGCAAUUAACGGCCUCGGAGCCACUUACGUUGGAAGAAGAGUACAACAUGCAGCGGAGCUGGAGGCUGGAUAAGGACAAACUGACGUUCAUCGUCUGUCUUGCGCCGGACCUUGGCAUGAAAGAAAUGAAGAAUACCCCGGUGACCGAGUGGAGCAUGCCUCCAACAAUGAUUGGCGAUAUCAACAUGUUCAUCUCAUACGACGAAGAGGGCGACGAUGUGGAUACGGCCUCAGAAUCUGCUCUAUUGGUCGGAGAGAUCGAGCUAAUGAUCGCGGAGAAGGCAUUUCGAGGCAGAGGAUAUGGGAAGAGGGCCCUGGAGACAUUCAUACGGUAUUUCAUGGACACGGUUCACGAAAUCGAAAUGGAAUUUAGGAGCACGGAAACGGAUACAAAGUCUACGGAAAAGGUGACACGAUUCCAAUGUCUGCGAGUCAAAAUCCACAAGGACAAUGCACAAAGCAUACGGCUGUUCCAGAGGAUUGGGUUCCGACCAUGGUCCGACAAACCGAAUUACUUCGGUGAAAUUGAACUGCGGAUGGAGUGCUCGGGACUGCGGGUGCGCAUGCAGGCGACCGAACUGGAUGGACCGAUGGCUCAACGAUUAACGCCCGAGAGAUAUCCCAUAUACCUAAAGUAUGCUAACGCUUGA